AUGGACGAAUUAGGGCUUCCUCUGAGAAUGUUUGAGGCGGGUUCGGAACCAUCAGGGCGGAAACGGGUUAAUAACUACUUCAACCUACGGUGGAUUGACCUCAUAAAGAAUGCACUAGAGGAAGACGACUUGGAAAUGUUGAAUCAGUCGCAGUUCCGGAGAGUUUUGCAGAUGGGGUCGCAUACUUUCUCAGUAAUGUUCAUCCAUUACUGCCUCUCACGCCAGUUGGUCACUGCAAAAGAGUUUGAACUUUGGUGGAUCUUCGUUGGUAAGCCGAUACGCUAUGCCAUACAAGACUUUGCUAUGGUCACCGGACUGAACUGUGGCGACGGGGUUGGACUAGCUGGAGAACCCCCCGAGAAAGGUAUCCGGCGAGGAAAGGCGUCCGGUAAAGGGAAAUCAUCUAUGUCAAUAUGGGAUGAUUUAUUUCGUGGGGAGGAGAAGCCUACACCUGGAUGGAUCAUGGAGCGGCUUGUGAGGGGUAAAAAAUACAAGGAUCGGUUAACGCGUUUGCGGCUUUCGUUGUUGGUUUUGGUAGAAGGAAUUCUGUGUCCAACAUGUGGGACAACAAAUAUCAGACCCGAAAUAGUGAGCAUGCUUGGUGAUCUUGACGCUUUCCUGAAGUAUCCAUGGGGCAGGGAGUCAUUUUUACUGACGGUUACAAGUACAAAAGCAAGAUCUGCAGUAAAUUAUGUGAAGGAUACAAUGGCCCUUCAAGGAUUUACUCAUGCGAUGGUAUUGGUUACUGUCACUGCAUGCCCUUCUAUCAUUAUUAAGACUGGUGGUGCGGAUCCUCUAGCAGAUUCCAACUUGUCCAGCGAAGAGAUUAUCAGGAGAGUUGUUGAAAGAAAGGUGGUAGUCAACAUUGUCUCGGCCAAGUCGGUUGAUCAACUGGGACAGGCAUAUGUACGGUCUUUGAUUAGCACAGAUGAAGUGGGUGAGGAUCUUUAUCGUGGGUUGGGAGAUAAGGAAGAUACGAGUGUUGAUACCAUGGUUGCUUUGAUUGAGGAUGAUUAUCCAUUUGAGCAUAACACUUGGUCAGGUGGUGUGAAAGCGGAUGAUGUUAAACUGAAGAAGGGUCAUGCACAAACGUCGGAGUCAAGUGAUGAAAAUGUUCCUGACCCGGUUGAAAAGGAUAAUGCUCAUCGUGGUGGCGUAGAGAGUGGUGGUUACCCUGGAGAUCCGAGAGGGCAAUCAUCAGCUAACCCCUCGGGUGCCCCGCAUGGUGGUGAGAGUUUCCAUGUUGAUGUCGAAACACUACUUAGGCGUGCAGCUGAGGUUUACGAGGAUAAGGUAAUUGCAAUGUUUGAGGGCUAUAUUCUGAGUUUGAAGGGACAUUUUAAUUCUGAAGUGGGAGGCCUUCGAACGGACUUACAAGCAGCUACCACCGCGAUUGCCCAUUUGGAAACUACAGUCACAGGGGAGUUUGAUAAGAUCAAUCAGUUACUUAAGUCUGGGCCUAAAGGUGCGGAUAUGGGAGCAACGUAUGGGUUUAGUCCUGCGAGACAUUCGUCACCAUUCCGAGGUCUGAAUGAUGAUUUCAACUAUACAGAGGUUAAUCCCGAUCGACACACUACACCUAGCGGUGUUCCACAGUCAACACCGCGAGAUGGAGAGGAUGUUGCGGCAACAGAGACCGCCUCGGGUGGUUUGGGACAGAAUCUGGAUGAAGGGGAAAUGGGUGAAGGACUAUCUCCGGGUAAACAGACCGAGUCAACUCAUGGAGCCGAAUUAAGAGCUCAGACAGGGGUCCAUCAUGGGGGAGAUGCUGACAUUGGAAACGUGGAGGUGGGCGUGCAGGGGGGAGAUGCUGACAUUGGACAUGACCCCAUAAACGUGGAGAAUCCCUCGCCUUCAGUAAACGUCGCAGCGCCUGACAGUUCUGAUGCCGCCAAUCCUCCUUCUCGAGUUGAUGUGGACGAAGUGAAUGUAUCAUCGGAACGCCGCGUUGAUGACCCAGUGUCUGGCGUCGUUAAUAAAAUUAUAUCAGAAGCGGGCAUUGAUAAAAACCCGGUCCGACCCUCCGCUGGUUCUGGAACUGAUGUACCUCAGACAUCAUCAGAUGUCAAUCCGGAGAAAGUGGGUCUUGAUGGUGUGCAUGACGAUCGUGGUGACGCUACUGUUGCGAAUAAGGGUGAGGAUGCGGAUGAAGAUGAUGUUACAAUUACUAAAGUUCAGGCUGGAGAUAAGAACACUGAUGCAGCGGGUGGUCAAGCUGAUGGUGGCAGACUUUUUAGUAGACGUACGCAUAUAAGUACGAAACGCUACACUCCUCCUGCACCCCCGUCCGUGGUGGCUGAGCCAAGUAACCCAAAGCCUCUUCGUCAAGAAAUACACACCUUCAUAGGUGGCUUCUCCCCAUUUACUCCGCCAACUCCAGCUGCAAGAGAGGCCUUCAUGAAGACAAUGGCGGAGGCAAAAUCAAAUGCGCCAUCCCUCGGGUCAAUCAGUUCCAUUGCUUCUUUGGAUGAUCUGUUCAAUUGCACCGGUGUUUGUUCGUAUGAGGCUGUGGAUCGUGUUGUAGGUUGGAUAAGAAAGAGGCGUGACAGCAAUCCAUCUUCAAAAUUUGACUUCAUCCCUCCUACUUUCUUUAUCGAUCUGAUCCGAAGUUAUCCUGCUUUCGAAGCCAUGCAAGAUAAGUCCGCCUUCACUUUCCCGGUGUCUCUGCGCAGUCAGUUCAUGCACCGGCCACAGUGGUUUACGCAAGUAGACUUUCUCUACAGUAUGAUUCUGGUUAAAGACAGACACUGGAUUGGUAUGAUCGUAGAUUUGCCUAUGUGGGCCAUCUAUGUGGUGGACGCGAACCAGACAUGUCCUCCUAUUUCAGUGUUGAAAGAUGUCGUCAACCCGAUAUCGAUUAUGAUGCCGCACAUGGUAUCGAGGUUCUGUCUAACUUCUCGAGCUCGUGAGUUGAAUUACCUUCCGUUCCCCAUAUCUCGCUUAGACAUACCAGUUCUACUUGAACAUCCAGGGUACGCCGCGGUUGUGGCACUGAUCAUGUUAGAAAUUGCUGCCGUGGGGAAGCCUUUGCUUGAUCUGGCUCUCACUGAUGAGGAGGUCCGUGUUGCAGCGGAGAACUAUGCGAUCUCUACCCUGUGUAUGUUUAAGGUGGUCCCCCCUAAUCCUGCAGUUUAG